CUCUUGGAGGCGAUCAGUUCCAGAUUUGAGCAAAACAUCAGUAUGUUGCAAUACUUAUAUUUCAGCAUGUUUCAAUGGCCUGUGUUCAUUUGGCAUCCAAAAUUGAAGAAGCACCAAGGCGUAUAAGAGAUGUAAUUAACGUGUUUCAUCGCCUUCGACAUCUAAGAGAGAAAAAGUAAAAAACCUGUACCUCUGCUGCUGGAUCAAGAUUAUGUUAAUUUGAAGAACCAAAUCAUAAAGGCAGAGAGAAGAGUUUUAAAAGAGCUGGGGUUCUGUGUUCAUGUAAAGCACCCUCAUAAGAUAAUCGUUAUGUACCUUCAGGUAUUAGAAUGUGAACGUAACCAACACCUGGUCCAGACUUCUUGGUAAGUUGAUCUUUCUUGUUGUAAGAGAUCAGCGGGGCAGUGGCAGAAAUAUGUCAUUUGAGGCACUCUGGGCAACAUUGGUGUAGCCCACAGCUAUCUUCAUGGAAUAGACAGUUCCAGUGUUUCCUGGAGUGCCCCAACCUACUACCCAAAUGUUGGUCGGCCUCUCUAAGUUUCAGGCGCUGUCUUUACUGGUAAGAUAGCUUUAAACCCAUCACCCCUUGCUCUUUCUUCCCUCUUCUCCCACUCUUUGCCCUCCCUCUAAAGUGAAUAUGUUAAGUGGUUGUUUCUCUGGGUAAAUCAUGCGUGCAGUUCUUGUCCGUCGCUGAUGGUGGGAGACAGACUUUCCCAACACUUGAGCUGUUGGUUGCAACAAGGGCAUCAGGAACCCUCGACACAUCCUUUUAUCCUCAUGGAUAAUCCAAGAUGUCAGCUACUAAGACUGGAUAACUCAGUGUUUUUUGCAUUUGCCUUGAAACUUCUGCUGCCUGCCUUGUUGCUUCACUGUAGUGAAGAGAAUCAUUUGGGGAUGGGUAUCAAAGUUAAAAAUUCCUGAUUUUUAAUUGUAACAAACUUGUAAUUCAGAAAACAAUGACAUGAUUUCAGAAUUGGAAUAAUGAAUCUAAAGGUCAUAUUUCUGCUGACUGAACUCUCUGGUACUGUGAUCUGUUUGAUGGAGAACCUAUUUUGACUUUUCUUUUCUGUACUCUUUUAAUCAAAGGGUAGCCUCUGAGGGUAAGUGACUAAGACUUCUCCUCUGCUGCCCAAGCGCUAUGGUGCAGGGAUAACUGCCGUCUUCAGUCAAACCAAAGCAGGCUCUACAAAGAGAAGGCUGACUCUAGACAGGUGGUAUAAAUACGAUAGUAUAGUAACUGGCCAACUGCUUCCUGUGCUUAUACUUUUGAUUUUUUUUAUUGUUGUGCCCUUGGCUCUAUUGUAUAUUGUAUGAAAACUGUUUAUGUUAAGAUGCUAUAACUAUGUUAAAGAUGCUGUAACUUUAUAAAAUGCAAAAAAAAAAAAGUCCUAUUUAAGGUGGGAUUUAAAUCUUAUGGGGUGAACUAACAUAUUUCAGAGUGUUUUAUCGUAUUUGUGUAAAUUUAAUCCAGCACUUAACAUACUUGAUUUAGAAGGUCUGUAAUUUGGAAUUGAGUUCAGCAAUGGCACUGGACACUUUCCACUUCAAAAUUAUACACAACUAUUGCGUUCAGAAUGUACAUGUAAAGUAGGACUAUAGGAACCAGCUUCCCUUUGUUUGGGUUGCAGAGAAAUAACUGUUAGAUCAAUGCCCAACCAUUACAUUUAAAAAUGUGCAUGUGGACACAGCAUAGAUGCAUUAUUGAAAAGUAGUGGGUAUCCAGUAUAACUGAUGUUUGAAAUGUCCUGAUUUACAUAACUUCAACAAAAAGUAGUUCUUUAAACAAAUGUUGAGUUCUAUAUGCACCCAAACUCUGAGCCCAAAGGCCAGCUGCACAGUUAACUAGACACUUUACUUUAGCAGUUUGGAAUAGGAAGCCCAUUCAUUCCCCUUACCUUUGAAUAAUACUUCUCACUGCACUUCAUUUCAUAAAAGCUUUCUCUGAUUUCCCUCAUUGUCUCCAUAGCAAAAACAAAGUAGAAUAGCAUAACUUAGUGUAAGCUUUCUACAUUGGCAAGAUGGAGAGUCAAGACUAAGUCUUUAACUUGCCACUGUUUUUCCAGUGGUCUCAGUCAUUCCCCAGGUAUUAGAACUGAGAUCUGGUAGAGGACUAAAAUGCUGAUAGAAGUGUGAGCGUCUUUCCUUUUAGAAUUCAUUAGCACCUGUAAACGGGGUUUUAAAUGGUCCGUGGGCUGUUUUUUUGAGUGUCCUUGUGGACUGCAUACCCACCCACAAUCCGUUUCAAAAGCUUAUUAAAAAGUUUGUAUAACUACCCAGUGGCCUUCAUUCUGGGUGGUAUUUUAUCUCUUGCCCAAGUUACAUCUUUUAAGCAUUUCACUUGUUGACAAAUCCAGAUGCAAAGCACUUUUAAAAUAUGAAUUUCCUUAAGGAUUUAAAAAUCAAAAUCUUUUAAAAUAUAUACUGACUGUUGUGGAAUAUGUGCAAUAUUUUACAGUUGUCUCAUUCUGUGAACAUUCAUUUUAAGAAACCUUGUUGAAAUGGGACAAUUUGGAAACGAUACUGUCACGUGCCAGAGAAGAGGAGAUCUGUUAGAAUACUGACCCAUCCUCAGCAUUGAUGUUCCGAAAUACCUGGAUUUCUUCCGCGGCUGGUUUUUUGCAUCACAAAUGGAUUCCGUCUUGGAUGCUGACUCUCUAAUGGAAAAUGGACAGGUUCCAAAAGUAUUUAUGUGGAAAUGGGCACACUCUGAAGUGGACUGCUUUUCUACGAAGAACUCCGGCAGCAUCGGCAACUUUGAACGCUAGCUUUGAGUUUGCAUGCUUCUCUGCACUCUGGGAUUGAGCCUAGAUUUCUGUUACUGAGUACUUGACAGAUUUUGUCUCUUCAAAAACAUUUGUUUUUGCAUGAGAGCGCAGGCCAGUAGUCCUAGAGGGAAAAGUAAAGUUAAAAUUGGUUCUCUUUCAAAACGGAUUUGUCUGACAGCCAGUCAAAUUUAUUCCCAACCACAUAUCCAUCCCCUUUGAAGUAAUUUUUCUAACUUCUCUUCAGGUUUAUAGGAGUAAAGCAUUUGAGCUUAGUGAUAGAAUGCAUAGAGAAGUAGUUACUGUAGAAUUGGAGAGACUAAAACUGAGGAAUUCUGCAGGGGGUUGCAAUUUUCCCCUUAUUUUGUCUUUUAGGAAUUACAUGAAUGACAGUCUGCGAACUGAUGUCUUUGUUAGAUUCCAGCCAGAAAGUAUUGCCUGUGCCUGUAUCUACCUUGCAGCUAGAACAUUGGAGAUCCCACUUCCUAAUCGUCCUCACUGGUUUCUACUGUUUGGAGCAACAGAGGAGGAAAUUCAAGAAAUCUGUAUAACAAUCCUGCAGCUGUAUACUCGGAAAAAGGUUGACUUGUCUUAUCUGGAAAGCAAAGUAGAAAAGAAAAAACUAGCAAUUGAAGAGGCAAAAGCACAAGCUAAAGGUCUGCUACCUGAUGGGACUCCCAGUUUGGAUAAUACAUCAGGGUUUUCCCCUGCUCCUAAAAAUGAGUCUCCAAAAGAAGGUAAAGGAAAUAAGCCUUCACCCCUUCCUGUGCAGGCAAUGAAGAAUGCCAAAAGAAAAAUGGAUGGAGCAAAAAGAACAAAUUCCAAUAGCCCAGUGAAUGGCAUUCAGAAAGGAAGGGAGAGCAGAAGUGGAAGCAGAAGUCGAGAGCAGAGUUAUUCAAGAUCACCAUCUAGAUCAGCAUCUCCUAAGCACAGGAAAAGCGAAAGCUACUCGACAUCGAGUGGCUCCAAAUCCCACAGCCGCUCCAGGAGUCGCAGUGAUUCUCCCCCGAGACAGUUCAACCACAGUACUGGUUACAAAGGCUCUAAAAUGAGGAGUUACAAAAAGUCAAAGGACUACAAAUACUCAGCACACAAGCCAAGGAAGUCCCACAGCAGGAGCUCGUCACGUUCCCGAAGCCGCUCACGAGAGCGUUCUGAUCAUUCUGGGAAGUACAAAAAGAAAAGUCACUACUACAGAGAGAGACACGAGCGUUCACGCUCCUAUGAGCGUGCGGGUCAUCGCUAUGACCGAGACCACCCAGGUCACAGCAGGCAUAGGAGAUGAAUGUUACAAACGGUUCUCCUCUGUCCUUGGGGAUUCAGGGUGGAGCCUGGGUUGUAAACCACUUAGCUUCAGUAAACUUUGCUAACUCUACUUGUUAGCAUAAAUCCAAAGACACUGGUUAGAUAUAAUGUGGAAGACUUAAUUUGGUAAAUGGUUUAGUUGUUCUGCUACUGGAGUGUCUCUUAGAAAUGUUGAAGAGCCUCCCUCUUGUAGUGGAUGCUUGGACUCCUGUUCUUUGGUAAUGGAUAUAUUUGCAUACUGUAGUGCAAUGGUGUUAAUAUAUUUCUGGGAUUGAAGUACUCGGCACCAAUUUCCCUGCUUAGUGAUUAGAGAAUUCUGCUGAACAGACCUUGAUGGAACUAGAAGAAAGCUCAAACAUUUAAUGAAAACUAUUAGUGGCUUGGUGCUAACAGCGGUUUCAUACUGACGCAAUUAUGUUGUACAAAUGUAAGGUGAUAUUUCUACAACUGAUACCUAUAUUAGGUUACACUUGUGUAUAUAUUUUGCAGUGUUUAACAAUACAAUAUGGGAAUAUGGCCUUAUUAGCCCUUACACUUUAGCCACAGUGUAAAUAAGCAUUUGUUUAAUACAAGUGAAUGCUGUAUACUGAAAAGACAAAACUUGAAUUCUAUCAGUUUAAGAUUUGUGUAGAGAAUUCUGAGAAAUGUGAAAGUAUUUAGCUCUGUGUAUUGAAAGUAGUAUAUUUUUAUCUGUGCAAUGCUGUGUGCAGGCCACCAGCUCAGAGACGUUUCAUAUAUAUACAUUUUAUGUGUUUUGAAUAAUUAUACUCAGGAUAUUUGACACUCUGAAGAAUUGGUAGUUUGUCAAUCUGCUUGCUUGUUUAAAAACAGAAGGUGUAAAAAUAACAGUUCAAUAGACAGCCCAGUGGUAUCCGUUUUAGUGGUAUAUCUGAGCUGUUCCUGUGCUCCCUAAUUUCAUUAAAGUAUUUGAUUUUGUAUUUAAA